CCUAACUUUAACACAAUCCUCUCGCCUUCUUUUUGUUCUCGUGAGUGAAAAGAAGAAAAAAAGAAGUAACAAGUUCCGUCGUUCUUCAACCACCAACCUCCCCUCCCUCUCUUCAUCAUCAUCCUCCUCCUCCCCUUCUUUCUCCCAUCCUCUCUCAACUCAACCGAUAAAGCCUAGCAGUACCCUUAAACGACAUAUAAGCCCUCCCGAGAAACAAUAAUUAACAGAGAAGGAUUAAAAAGGAUUAAAAACAAAAAAAAAUUACAACAAUCAUGGCUCCACCGCCAGAAGUUCCCCUCCCGCAACGGCUCAUGGCUCUAGCACAGACUUUGCAGUUUGGUUGGUUCGUCGGCCACUUCACCCUUCUCCUAACCACUCUCCGCUAUGCCCUCGCAGCCGUAAAGUUCUCCACAAACACCCGAGUGGCCAGCGUCUGCUACCGUCUCGGCUUCCUCAGCGCGGCGGUGACUUACGGUAUCGUCGUUUACAAGGCUUACCGACCGCGUGUUCGCAGCGGACAAUUUCCUGGAGGGCAAGCCGGUGUUAUGAAGGUAUUGGCGGAUGAGAAUAUCCAGUAUUUAUUCAUGGCCCUAAUCUGGCUCUACUCAAAACCAAUCUUCUACGCUCUCCUCCCAUUCGCCGUGUACUCCACUUUCCACUUCUUAACUUACCUCCGCACCAACCUCUUGCCAACCAUCUUCCCCCCUCCCCCCGCUCCUGCAAAUUCCCCAGGGGGCUCGAAGCCGCAAUCAGCAUUCUCAGAGUCCAUUGCAAAGUUUGUCAAGAACAACUAUGACUACUCUAUGCACCUGGUGGCGAAUUUGGAGCUCUUCCUCUGGGCGCGCAUCUUUUGUGGCGCCAUAAUCUUUAGGAACUCUUGGAUCCUUUUGGCAAUUUACACCAUCUUCCUUCGCACGAGGUACUCGCAGAGCUCCUUCGUCAGGGAAGCAUUGAGGGGGAUUGAGGUUCGUGGGAAUGCGCUCGCCGCGGAUAACAAUAUCCCCGAUGGUGUCAAGAACGCUUGGGGCACUAUGAAGAGUAGUGUUAGGAGCUUUGGCGAGCUUACGGAUCUGGGAAGGUAUCUCGGCGGUGGUGGUGGGGCGGCCAGGAAGACACAGUAGAGAAUAUUAGUGGUGGAUAGGUGAAAAUGGGGUUGUCUUGUCAGAAUGAGAGACGGGGGUGGUGGAGAGUGGAGUGGAAGCGGAAGUGUAUUCGAGUGGGUAUUUUGCAAUGGAAACGUUGAAUGAAAUGUUUUUAUUUCCUUUUCCGCUUCUUUCAACCCUUACUUUUUUUUUCUUUUUUCUUCAGUUGAGUUGGUUUUCACUUUCACGCUCCAACGUUAGUUGUAUUUCUUUUGCCUAUCCCUACGUCCGGUGCGGUGCGGCACUUGCUGCCAGUCAGUGGGUCAUGAGAAUGGGCAUGCUUAAUGCGGAGGGACAAAUCCGACAAAUCUCCAAUUGUACCAUCGUUUCAUUCCAUUUAAUUGAUUGUAUCCAUCGGAUCCA